AUGGCCAUGGCCAACCUGACCCACUCCUGGCCUCCCACAUUCUUCCUGCAAGGCAUCCCAGGGCUGGAAGCCUACCACAUGUGGCUCUCUGUGCCAGUGUCCUGCAUCUACGUGGUGAUCAUUGCCGGGAACUGCACCAUCCUCCUGGUGGUGGCCACGGAGCCAGCUCUCCACAGGCCCAUGUGCUACUUCCUCUGCAUGCUGGCAGCUAUUGACCUGGCAGCCUCCACCUCUGCCCUGCCCAAGAUGCUCUGCAUCUUCUGGUUCCAGGGCGGGGAGAUCCAAGCCGUUGCCUGCCUGGCCCAGAUGUUCUUCAUCCAUGCCUUGUGCAUGAUGGAGUCAGCGGUGCUGCUGGGGAUGGCGCUGGACCGCUAUGUGGCCAUCUGCUUCCCGCUCAGGUACAGCUCUUUCUUCUCCAGCUCACUGGUGGCCAAGAUGGCUGUGGCCGGCAUAGUCAGGGGAACGCUGCUGAUGGCACCUUGCCCUUUCCUGAUCCGGAGGCUGUCCUACUGCCGGACCAACGUCAUUCGCCACACGUACUGUGAGCACAUGGCAGUGGUCAAACUGGCCUGUGGGGACACCAGCAUCAACCGCACCUAUGGGCUGAGUGUGGCUCUGAUCGUCAUCGGAGGAGACCUUCUCUGCAUUGGGCUCUCCUACUUCUUCAUCGUCCGUGCGGUGCUCCGUCUCUCUUCCCGCGAGGCGAGGCACAAGGCUUUUGGCACCUGUGGCUCCCACCUCUGCGUCAUCUUGAUCUCCUACAGCCCUGCCCUCUUCUCCUUCUUCACCCACCGCUUUGGCCACUCCGUGGCCCCCCAUAUCCACAUCCUGCUGGCCAACCUCUACCUCCUCUUCCCUCCCAUGCUGAACCCCAUUGUGUAUGGAGUGAGGACCAAGGAGAUCCGGGAACGGGUCACCAGGGUUUUCCUCCCAGGCAGGGUCAUAGUGAAACUCAGGCUGAGUUGA